UAGGAGUAUAAAAUGACAGCAAGCCACUAAGCACUUACACUCAGAAACACUUUCAUCAUGACGCUGACAGUGUAUGCUUUGCUGACUUUCACCCUCAGCAUCCUUCUAACAGUCCAAGUCGUGGAGAGCCAAUAUGUUCCAAAGACCUGUCAGUGUCCACAGGUCAAACAAAGAGUCAAGGGACCAUUUUCAGAUUUCAAAGUCACUCUAAAAAGACCUAACUGUUUACAGGAUGAGAUCAUAGUCACACGGCAGAAGAAUAAUAGUCUCGUGUGUCUCAGUCCAGAUGGUCCCCAAGGCAAAAGACUGCUGAAAUGUUGGCAAAGCAUGCAAAAUGAUGGCAAGGACAGCAAAAAAUGCAUACGCCGACAAAAGCAAAAGCCAAGGCGAAGAAACAGGAAGCAGGUUAAAUCCAGGAAGGUCAAGUCUUAACCUCAAAUACUAAAGACACUGAGGCAAAGAACGUAAGAGAUCCACAGGAGAGAAUACUCUUCAACGCUUGUGCAAAGUGCUUUAGCGCUGCUGUACAUUCAUAUGCACUAAACAAGCCAAGGACAUAAGAAAAGGCUGAAUUCAGAGGAGUGCACAUGUGUAUGGAGGCCAAGGGACAAUAAAGACAUGUUACAACAAGGACAGCAUCUAACCUUGACAUGUUAUACAGGGAUGAGCCCUGCUAUGCAGGUCUAACGUGCCGGCCAGUCAGAAGACACAGCUUUAUGUUCUU